AUGUCCAGCCCAGGGCUCACGCUCCUGCUCUUGCUGAUGGCAACACCACCACCUCUGCAGCCCUCCUCAUUGGCACCACCGGACACCCCAGAGGGCAAGGCCGCCAUCGUGGGCCUUAUCCUCUCAGCACUGGAGAGAGCCACCUCCUUCCUGAAGAAGAGGCUGCCUGAAAUCAACCUAGACGGCGUGGUGGGGUUCCGGGUGCUGGAAGUACAGCUAAAAGGUGUUCAGGAAAAGUGGGCCUGGGACCCCCAGCUGCAGUGGCCGAGGCUGCGUGUGGGGAAGCUGGUGGAAAAGCUAGUGCCUCUCCUUCACAGAUCCAUCUUCUACCUCAAGCUGAGUGACCCCAAGUACCUAAGAGAGUUCCAGCCAAUCAUCCAGCCUGGGUUUUGGAAGCUUCCACAUGCCUGGACCAGCACAGACGCUUCCAUGGUCUACCCCACGUUUGAACCAUGGGACUCCUUCUCAGAGGAACGCAGUGAUUCGUGUCUGGUGCAGCUGCUGGGAACAGGGACAGACAGCAGCCAGCCCUGCAGGCUCUCAGACUUCUGCAGGACCCUCAUGACCAAGCCCGGCUGCUCAGGCUACUGCCUGUCCCACCAGCUGCUCUUCUUUCUCUUGGCAAGAAUGAAAGGAUGCACAGGGGGACUGUUCUGCCAGAGCCAGCACUACAUGAACCUCUUUUGUGCCAACAUGAUGGACCUGAACCGGAGAGCUGAGGCCAUCGGAUAUGCCUACCCCACCCGGGACAUCUUCAUGGAGAACAUCAUGUUCUGUGGAAUCGGUGGCUUCUUGGAUUUCUACAAGCUCCGGUGGCUGGAGGCCAUUCUCAACUGGCAGAAGCCGCAGGAAGGAUGCUUCGGGAGGCCUGCUGCUAAAGAUGAAUUAUCAAAAGCCAUUCAACGCCAACAGCAUGUUUUGAGGAGAGUGAAGAGGCGAGAAAAACAAUUUACAGAUGGCUGUUCCUCCCACAACACAGCCAUGGCUGUGGCAGCCCUGGGGGGCUUCCUCUACGUCCUGGCUGAAUACCCCCCAGCAAAUGGAGAGCUGUGGCAGUCCACACUGGUGCCACCCACAGUCACUGAGACAAAUGUUUCCACACCUGCCACUGGAAGAUGA